AUGCUUCGCGUCAUCGUAUUAGCUACUGUUGCGUUUGCCGUCUACGCGCAGUACAAUUACGCACCACCGGCCACCUACGGCGUUCCACAGGCUCCUCCGGUACAAUAUUAUCCAGCUCCUCUGUUCGUCAAGCCGAUUCUACUUCCCGAACUCCCGCCUGAGCCCGAAUUCCUUAUCCCUGAGCGUAGACACCGCCGCCGUGAUAGCGAAUCAAACGAGAGCCGCCGUCGAGACAGAUGUGGAAGUUGUGGCAAAAUUGAAAAUGGCUGUAUCGGUUCCAGUACUGGUAACUGUUUCAGUCCAAACAUCAGGUUCGUGAACAACAAGCGUUGUAUGGCUAUUGCCUCCUGCGGUUUCGGCCAAUUCACUCUCGAAACGGACGGAUCUUCUGUCCUAAGUUCAGGUUUUGGAAUUGAAAAGGUUAUUGAUUGCAAACAAAGAAGGUGGCUAGCGAAGAACGUGACCGGUUCUGUGGUCGAUGUCACCGGACUGCGUUGUAUUGCAUCCGCUCAGCCUACUCAAAACUGA